UUUGAUUUUGGUUUGUACAAUGAAGCAUGUGAAGAAAAACAAGUCAUUUACAUGAGUUUACCUUUUCUUCCGUUAGUUUCUCCGGCUUGUGUCUACAAUAAUGACAAGAAAUUUGAUUUCGAGGUUAAAGGCGAAGAAAAUUGUUUCAAGCCUACUCCACCAAAGUCCGGUACCGUAACAAGAUCCAACAAAAUGGUUGUUGUCAAGCAUGGUUCACAUUCGUUGAAGUGGGUGGCGUUUAGUGCCUCUAGCCUGAAACUGGAAUUGAAACUUCAAACUCGACCAGGGUCCGAAAUUCCAAAUGAUUGGUUGAGACGAGGCGGAGUAAAAGUUUGGUUUUACAAAGAAAGGCCAUCACCAGGGAAAACAUUAACUGUAGAAUUUAAAAAUUCCAGAAAACCUGUUGCCAGAUUUCAAGCUAAUCUUGACUUUGAAGGGUGGAGAGGAGUGUGGGUCAAAUUCGAUGAAUGCAAAAUUGAUAGUGCCAGCCUGAAAAAACCGACUGUAAUUAAUGAGGUCAACUUUGUCCUUAACGGGGCGGACACAAUUUACAUAGAUUUUCUUCAAUUUCUGAAAAGUAUUGGUGGCCAGUCCCGCGACAAAGUUGUUCCUCCUAUCAGUCCAUUUGGAUUGGAAAUCUAUGGCAUAGGAAACACCUGGCAGCAGACUUAUAAGUGGAGUCAACAAGCCAUUCCUCCAUUACCUUCGACAGUCGACAAGUCCAAAAAAAUUAGCCUAGAAUUGAUCGAAAGCCGUCUGAUUAACUGGUACUGCUCAGAAAACAAAACUUCUCCCCACUUUCCAAGUGGCAGCUUUCUCAGGAGGCGUUGGAAUUCCCUCUCAAGGAUUAUCAAAAAGGCGCAUGAAGAGUACGGUGCUCUAGACCUGGAUUCGAUCAGUGGUAAAGUCAUAGGUCCACCUCUCUUCUGCCGAGACUGCAGAGGUUCUGAAAAGUUUGGUACCAUUUUAGAAAAAAUCCUCUUACCCUUAUCACUUGAAUUUUACAUAAGAUCUCGAAGCAAAGAAAUAAAAGAUACUGUCGCUGCGUUUCUGGGUGACCUCAACUCUGACGCCAAGGGCAAUGCCUUAAAAGCCAUAGCAGGUGACAACAAAAACAUGAUAAAUCAAUUAAAAAGCUACUUUCCCCCUUCAGGGCGUCUUACCCCUGACCUACUGAAAAAGGCAAUAAUUAAACUCAACCUUCAUCGUCUAAACAAGAUCAACAACAUUCUAGAUUAUAUAAAGCAACAAGGAUUUGCAGACGGCAGUGGCCUUGGAUCAUUGGACCACGAGUGGAAUCGAAACGGAGCUGGAUUUAUGCAUAGUCUGUUCCUUAUUAAGGGCUAUCUUAAAAACAAAUCCAAAUUGUUGGACUUGAUAAAGACAGCCAAAUGGUUCAAUGAGUUUGGAGAGAUUUAUCAAUCGCCCUCGUUUGAAAUCAAAGGAACGACUGCUGACCGAAUGAUCACGCUGAUGUUGUUUAGAUUGAUGACUGUCCUGGUAAUGCCAAGUAGCACUGAUUAUGAAAUCAAAGCCAAAAUUCGAGACAUGGAAGCCCUAGUUCGGUGGAUGAACAACGCUCUGGCUGUGAACGAAGGUCUCGGAGGAGUCAUCAAACCUGACUUUGUCGGAUAUCACCAUAAAGCCUUCUAUGGACCCGCUUACGUGCCUCAGGCGUUACACACUGCUGCCUUGGUUUACUACCUUCUUGGGGGAACUGAAUUCGCUUUAUCGGCUUCAUCAGAAAACAAUAUCAGACGGGGACUUGAAACGAUGCGUAUAAUUGCGGUGAAGUAUUCCACACCAAACAGUGUUAACGGACGUAUGCCAAGCUAUUCUAACAAAAAGAUUUUAAUUCUACUACCUGCCUUUGCUUACAUCAGUGUUUCCCAUCCGUGCACUGAGCAAUCAGAAAUAGCUGCUAGCAGUGCAGUUAGCACGAAUAAACCGGAAAUGUUUUUAAGGUUAUAUAACGACACAACCGUCAACAGUUAUCUGGAAGAUGGAGGUUACAAAGUGAAGUACUAUUACAACAGUUUGGGCUCUCUGGACAUCAUGGAAGCGGUAAGUUCAGCUGCCUUAGUUUCUGAAACUGAUUCGAUAACUAUUGUUAUCAUUAAUUCAAAAGAUUUCGCCGUUUCUGAUGGGCUUGAAACCUCCGGCUAAUUAACAAUUAUUCCUCGAGCCCAAAUGGGCUCUGAGUCAAUGGGCUAUUGACUGGCGAGAGGAAUAAUUGCAGUAGUAAAAUCCAACUGGUUGUUCAAAAAUAUCGAGACAAAACAACUUUAGCUGGUUAAAAAUAGACUUUUAAAUCCUUUUUUGCCGCUUGGGCUAUAACAUAUAGCCUGGUAGUAGCUCAACCAAUCAGAACGCAGCAUUUAUAAUAGACCACUAGUUGGAUUUUACUAAUUUUCCAUAACGAACUGACGUUGACCAAAUUUGGAAGAAGCAAGCAAUAUACUUGAAAAGAAAAGAUCUAUUUUAAACUUUUGCGUAUUUGAUCCGUCAAUCAAAUCGUACCUUUUAAUGGUUUCCUCUCUGAUUUUGUUGAGAUCUCUUUGUGUGUAUAUACUAAAACAAUUAUUCUUUUCAAUCUCAGUGAAUAGUGACUUUAGGAAUAUUUACCUCGUAUGAAAGCCGAAUUCAUUAAUUGCUUUAUUAUUCAUUCAAAACAAUUCCUAGUUUAAAAACAAGCCAAAACAUGCUUACCUUCGUCAAUGUUAAGUUCACCUCGAUAGUGCAUGUUUAGAAGAUAAAGUGCUGUUCAGGUCUGCAAAUAUACUCCAAAAUAGCAGAUGUCCGUCCAGUUGUCUUCUUGCUAUGUUUUUAGACAAUAUUUCGUCGUGAAACGAGUAAAAUGUUCCGCCGACUGUUCGGCCCUUUUUCUUUCACAGCCAAAACAACUCAACCUCUUCCUCGGGUCUUCACGGUUAACGGUGCAAUAACCUGCAACUGUGCCGCCUUUUUGACGCCAUCGGUUGAUUAAUCGCAAAAUUCUUCCAAAUUUGGUCAACAGUAGCUGGUUGUGGUGAAUUAUGCGUGUGCAUUUAGCAAAUCAGAAAUGGAGAAAUAUUUUGAAUGAAUAAUAAUUAGCCAUUAUUAAACUCGGCUUUCGUAUCAUCUGAAGAAUUAUGAAGAACGAGGAGGGUGUUAUCCGCCGAGGCCGGAUAACACCCUCCGUGAUAGGAAAGCCGAAUUCAAUAAUUGUUUUAUAAUUCAUUCAAAAUAAUUCCUAGUUAAAAAACAAGCUAAAACAUGCUUACCUUCAUCGAUGUUAAGUUCAUCUUCGAUAGUGCAUAUUUAUCGGCAAGUUUAGGAGAUAAAGGGUUUUUCAGUUCUGCAAAUACUCUUCAGAUAGCAGAUGUCGUCUGUCGAGUUGUCUUCUUCCUGUUCUUGCUAUAUUUUUAGCCAAUAGUUCGCCUACUCGUGAAACGAGUGAAAUGUUCCGCCAUUUGGUAUCCUCUACCAAAACAACUCAACCUCGUUCCCAGGUCUUCUCGGUUAACCGUUGAAUAAUCUGGCAAAUUUGCCUCACGAUUGGCGUAAUCAGUUCACAUAUCGCAAAAUUCUUCUAAAUUUGGUCGACAAUAACUGGUCAUGAUGAAUUAUGCGUGGGAUUUUAGCCAAUCAAAAAAGGACAAAUAUUUUUAAUGCAUAAUAAUUUUCUUUAUAUUAAGGUUAAAGAUAAUGCUAAAUUGAGAGGAAUUUAUCCCGAGUCCUCCCCUGAAGGUCACUGGUCCAAGAAUUUUGCCGCUCUGUCCAUCCAUCGACGCAAAAACUGGGCUGUUACAGUCAAGGGAUUUAAUCGUUUUCUCUGGGAUUUUGAGAACAAAAAGAAUGAAAACGUUUUUGGCAUGUUUGCCAGUCAUGGUGCUUUGCUGAUUGCCAACAGUGAAACAAGCCUUAAAGUUCAUGACGUCGAAAAUGGUUGGGAUUGGACCAAAGUCCCUGGAGCAACGACACUCGCAUUGGACCUUAAUGCUUUGAAAUUGAAAAAAGGAAGGUUUUACAACCCAAAGGAUUUGGUAGGAGGUCUCACGUUUAAAGGUACCAGUAUCUUGGAAAAUGGUAUUUUUGGCAUGGAUUUUGAACAGCCAAACUAUAGUCUGAGCGAUUGGCGAAAAAAGAUGGAUUUCGAGUUCAAAAAAUCGGUUUUCUUUUUUGAAAAUUGGCUAGUUUGUUUAGGAAGCGACAUAGUAGCAAAAAACACUGGAGGUAAAAUCGUUCAGACAACGCUUUUUCAAGACAAGCUGACAGAAUCACUUUCCAUAAAGAUUAAUGGGGUAGUAAAAAGACUCUCGACGUCUAUUUCGAAAUCAACACCGUCGAAACAAGGACAAAAAUUUUCGACGCUUACUGACACAAAAGGGAAUUUUUACUACAUACCAGAUGCCAGUAAGGAUAUGUUAAAGGUGCACAUUAAAAAUCAAAUAUCCAAAACAGAGGACGGGAAAACUGCUACAUUCGGGAAGUACGGUACGGCGUGGCUCGAACAUGUUGGCUUUCCUUCACAAUACGAAUAUGCAGUCAUAAUUCCGACUCCAACAUAUUCUCCAACACCAUAUAAACUAGCAUCCGCCCAGGAAACAAAAACGAAAGCUUAUAACGUGCUGGAGAAAAGUAAGGUAGCUCAUGUCGUUCAGUUUGUCAUAUUGCCUAAGACCUGGACCCCACUCAACCAUCUCGUUACAGCCUAUGUCAUUUUCCAACCAUCUACAUCUCUUCCCACCAAUGGUCCGGUAGCGGAAGUCAACAGAGGAAAUAUUCUAAUCAUGGUUGAGGAGACUGUGGAGUUUAUUCACCUCAGCAUCAGCUCCCCAAGUAUAAAUCUUGAAGUAAAGCGACGUUUAAAUAACUCAGGUGACGCGAGGGAAGAAGAAUUGUAUCAAUCAUCGAGCAGAGAGCGUAAAAUAACGGUCACACUGAAGACACCAGUACAGCGAAGUAUCGUUUCCCUCAUGGUCCAUGAUGACCCGGAUAGUUACAAGCCUAAUGUAUGGGUGGAUGAUGCAGGCCAAAAAAUCACCUUCCUGAAUCUCAAGAAUGGCUUCAGCGUUGAAGUGAAACUGAAGAAAAAGCCGUGA